UUGUGCACCCCUGCACCUGGCCAAGUUAUCUUUUUUAAUUUAUGCAGUUAGCUCUGCAGUUAGAGCAGUGCUUGGGUGACUUUUAUAACCUUCUUGCUUCCCAUUUAGAAAGUAAAACCCAAGAGCCAGCUUGUCAGGGUGGAGAAGUGGCUCAUUACAUGGAUUUGACCUGGUUUGGAGGAGGAAAGUCACCCUCUUCAUUAGAAGGAGGUGGUGUCUCCAUGUGGGUGAGCUCUGGUACCAGGCCCUCGAGCAUGUGAGGCAAGUACUCUGCCACGGAGCUGCUCCCCAGUCCUGGCCUGGGCUUCUUGACCAGAGGCUCAGUGUUCUUCUGAUCUUUUCUUUCCCAUCUGUAAACUCAGUCCAUAAACGCCUGCUACAUACCUAGGGGAGAAAGUGCUUCAUAGAGACACAGAGUCACAUUGCCCUUUUUAGACAUCUACUGAGACUCACUGCUCCUGUGUUCUGUGUAUACCCGUCACUCCAGGCUUCUUUACCUGAGAUGUACAAAGAAACAUGGGCAGGGUCAGUCCCCACUGUGCGCCGCCUGCUGCCUCCUGACCAGCCUGUGCGACACCAUUGGGGCGAUUCUGGCCAGACAGCUCACAAUCCAGGUUUUCAGUGGUGCCUACCUAGCGACUAUUGACUUAGCCAACUUCAUGUUCAUCCUCUUCCCAGUCUGUGAAUCCAAAUUCAAGUCUCAUUCGGGCCGACACACCAGAAAGAGGAAGAGGAGGAAGCGGCUCAGAGCUGGCAUAUUUGCCCUGGCUCUGCCACUGAGCCUGGGCCCAGGCUGGGCUCUCUGGGCUGCUGUUCCAAAGGCUUCCGCUGUAGUCCGGGGGCCCCAGCGGAGGCUGCUGGGAAGCCUGCUGCAGGAAAAUACUGAAGUCCUCGGCUACCUGCUGGGUGUCAUUGCUGCCUUGGGCGCCUGGGCCUCUCGGAUACCCCCACUCUCCAGAAUCACUUCAGAUUGGGUGCCACUCACCACCCUGUCACACUGCAAGUCACUGAAAUCGAUGGCAGCGAUCAGUCACUACAUGGAGAUGACCAUCGAGCCUAUACAGCAGGCAAGCUGUGGUGCCAUGAGACUACCUGGUGAUGGACAGACCAGCACAGGAGACGCGUCACUGCAAGAGCCCCCCUCGUACCCUCCUGUUCAGGUCAUCCGGGCCCGAGUGUCUUCCAGCAGCUCCUCUGAGGUGUCCUCCAUCAACUCAGACCUGGAGAAGUAUUGGGAGGCCCUAAACUCGGAGCAGUGGGAUCCUGAAGAUGUCAACUUUGAAAGGAACAAUGACAACAUGGAGAUCUUCAGAUUCCAGGUGCCAAGGGGCUCUUUGACGACAGUAGACUUGACCUCUGCUGAUUAGUAUCUUCUAAAAACCAGUCCAUCAGCUCAAAGACCAGGAUGAGGCAUUCAUUAGUAAAACUGAGCAGAGAUCGACCUACAGUGACACCCAUAGCAGGAAUUUAAGCCACUGAAGAAGCUGCCCAGGGAAGUGAGGAACCUGGAGCUGAGCGUGGCUGGUCUACCUGGCUCAGAAUAAAACUAAGAUUGUGGGUUCUAUGGACAGACCUGGAUAUGCCAUUUGUUCUGAAGAUUAGAAGCUCACAGAUGGCUCCUGCUUUGUAAAGAUAAACCUUCAUCCAAAGGACAACGGGCCCUCUUUUCCCGUCUUUCCUUUCCCUCUAUUCCCAUGAAAUGCAACUGUAAAUUCAGAAUCUGCUGGAUGCCAGGAAUGAGUUCACCUAACAAAUAGCUCAUGUGUUUGGACCUCAGCAGAGCCUGUCUUGCAAGCCCUGGCUUCUGCCCUCCAGUAUCUGCUGGAAGUUAUCCAUAGGACUGCUUGGUCAACCAAGUAUCUGUGAGAUCAGUGGUAUGGCAAGCACAAGCAAAGCCAGUUGCUCUAAGCAAGAGGACUUCCUCCAGCCUGGCAACACGUGUGCGGAGGCAGGGUUUACAGGUGAGGGGCACUGUGUGCUUUAGGAGGUCACUGAGAGCAUACAGAGGGUAAUAGGUAUGCUGGGACAUGUUAAUUCAAGCAUAGUAACCCCAUUUGAAGAUGAUUAGUAGUGUGAUCACAUGUGAGGGGAAGGGUGAAGGGAAUGGGGCUAAGGUCGGAACAAUCACUAGAGUGAAUAAAAUUUAACUGAGUGAAUCAAAGCAUCUCACACUGGAAUAUAGUGGUAAGUCAGAAUCCCAGCAGAGCCACAGAAGUCUGCCAGGAGGGGGACUGGGAUAAAUGCCAAGAAACACAGCUCUGCUGCUGGCUGGCUCACAGUGACCUGUGACUCAGCUGCAGCUGCCCAGUUUCUCCUAAGGGCAUGUGCAAGUCCCAGCAGCAUGAGGAAGUGGGUGCUGGGAAAGUGGGUUGGUUCCACAGGUCUCUGCAUAGAUCCUAAUCCCCUGGGUGACCUCUGAACUAGCAGAAAACUCCAAGCUACUUAUUCCAUUUAUCUGCUUUGGGUUCCUGGUUGUCUUAUAAAAGAACGAUUGCUAAAGGCAA